AUGGCGCCCGCCCGCUCCCCAGACGUGGAGGCCCAGGCGUGGCCGCAGGAGCCGCCCGUGUCGGCCGCCGCCGAGUGCGAGGGCGCCUCGAGCUCGGCGACGGACUCCUCCGUCCCGGGGAAGCAGCAGGGCCGCCCCGGCGCGAUCCUCGGCCUGCUCACGCCAGCGCAGUGGCUGUACUGCGCAUUCGCACUCCUGGCGGAGCUGGUGCUGGUGUGGCUCUCCCAGCAGGGCGUGACGGCGGCGCCCGCCGACGACGGGUGGGUUUGCACCGUCGCGCACUUGAUGCUCGUGUGCCUGUACCCUCGGGCUGCGCCGCCGGGAGGCGCCAGUCGAUCAGGCGUCGCGCGGCUCGCGGUGACCCCCGAGGCCGCGCCGGCCGGGCAGCAGGUGCCAGGGGUCGGGGCGGCGGCCGGCCCAGCAGGCGGGGGCAAGGGGAGGCUGUUCUUCCUGGACGGCGUCAAGACGCUGUGCACGCAGCUGGUGCUGGUCCACCACAUCAGCAUCGCCUUCGGAGGGGUGGGCGGCAUCGAGUGGGCCCUCCGGCUGGGCCAGUGCCCGGGCAACACGUUUGGCAGUCUGGUGACCAUUUGGUUGCUGAUCCCGGACCAGUCCUUCUUCAUGUGCUUGCUCUUCUUUGUGGGGGGCAUAUUCGUUCCCUCGUCUCUGGAGCGCAAGGGCACCGGGGAGUUCGUGCGCGAUAAGCUGAAGCGGCUCGGAUGGCCCCUGGUCGUGACCUACUUCGUCGUGUCUCCGCUGUCGUCGGGCCUGAGGGGCACGGUGCUCCGCGGGGGCGGCAUGCUGUCAUACGUGUGGUUCGAGCCGGGCGUGACCUGGUUCCUCAUGACCCUCCUCAUCCUCAGCAUCUCGUACGCCCUCGUCCCCUUCCCGCAGGUGGCCCUGCCGAUGCCCUCCGCCGCCGGUGUCAUCUCGACCUGCGCCGCCCUGGGGGCCGUCCAGGGGUGGAUCUCGUACUGCCGGUUCGCCCUGCUGGAAGUGGGCCCACUGCCCUGCGGCGGUCUGCCCUUCGACGUCGCCUUCUUCGCGGCGGGCUGCGUCGCGAGGCGGAGCGGGUGGAUGGAGGGCCUCCAGAGCAUGGCGCCGAGGGACUACUGGCUGGCGCGGCUGGCUGCCUUGGUCUCUGUGGUCGGCACCGGCGUCCUUGCCGCCACGGUUGGGCUGGCCGAGAUGAUGGCGCCGCGGCCUGGGCCUCAGGUGUGCUCUGGCGUGUGGCUGGGUAUCAUGACUGGUGGCAUCUCCGUAUCGGUCCUUCAUUUCUUCGCGGUUCACUGCAACUCCUCGAGCCGCUUGCAGAAAAUGGCCGGUGAGAGUCAGUACGCAGUCUACGUUCUCCAGGUCAUCGUUAUCCCCGGCGUCAUUUUGACGUUGUUGCCGAUCCUGAGGGCAGCAGGAUACACGGUCGAGUUCGAGUCUACCUCGGACGGCACGUUCGUGAGCCGAAACGAAUUUCCCCAGUGGGUCAUUGUCGGUGGUUGGAUCUAUACCGUCGUUUGGGUCACCGUGAUCUCGUGGCCGUUGGGGUACCUGUUCCGUAAACUGCCAUUCGUGAGGGACGUGUUGUAG